AACAAAUUGUUUGCAUUCCUUUCAAAGAGCAACCAGGUGUCUCAUGCGCGCUUUCGGCUUGCAUUUUAGCCGGGCAACAGCGCUUCGUGCACGUAUUUUCCAGCGGCCUAACUUGCAACAAAGGUUUGCGACCAUGGACAAGUCAGUAACGUACAAGUUUGGACCACACCCCAUCCCCGGAUCUCACGUCUUUGCGCUAACGGACCUGUCAUACGGGUUUGUCAACCUAAAACCCGUCGUGCCAGGCCACGUGCUCGUGAGCCCCAAGCGCCAGGUGAAAAGGUUCGCGGACUUGUCGCCUGAAGAGGUUUCUGACCUUUGGCUUCUAGCUCAGCGGAUAGGUCGGGUGGUGGAGGGGCGGUACGGCGCGCAGUCACUGACGCUAGCCAUCCAAGACGGCCCCAUGGCGGGCCAGACCGUACCGCACGUGCACAUCCACAUCCUGCCGCGCAAGGCGGGAGACUUCCCCAAGAACGAUGAAGUGUACGACGCGAUUGAUCAGGAAUCGGCCGAGUACAAGAAGGCUGUCAGCAGCAACAGCAACCACAGCAGUGGCGGUGGGCAGCCGGAGAAGCUGGAUCUAGACAAGGAGCGGCGGCUGCGAACCGACGAGGAGAUGGCGGAGGAGGCGGAUGUGCUGCGGGCGCUACUGCUGUAGAAGUGGCUGGGGUGCCGUACGCUUGCUCCGUGUACGGCAGUACGUUUUGUACGGUAAAGUGUGAUACCGGUUGUACGACCGGGCGUACCGUCAAGUUCCGUUUGGUUAAUGUGGUACCGGCCGUACAUGGCGAGGUACGGCAGCGCAUGCUGAGGUGGUGUUGGUAGUUGGGUGGGAAUUUCGCACCGAGGGAAUUGUGAAGAGAGGCGAGGAGGGGGAAUGGAAAAGGGGAGGGAACGUAAGAGGCUGUGUGUUGAAGAGCGAGGCAGGGAGCGCACAUGUCCAGGAAAAGGAAGUUUGUAGACGGGUAGAUGCAUGCAAAGCUCGAGGGUGGUGUGGUGCGGCAGGAGCGCGUGUCUGUUGGUUGCGUACGAGGGGAUGCCGUGAUGCAUCUCGCAUUCGUACAUGUCCUGGUUAGGUUGGCUUCUGAGGAUCAACGUGACAGGUGGCUGAGGUUAAUUUCUUAGGGCACCGACAGCAUGGUGGCUUGGUGAUGCUUAUCAGAGCAGCAGAGCUACUUGUGUGCGGGAAGAAGCUAGCAUGAGAGGAUGACAGAGACCCCAGCGAGUCAAAUGCCAUGCUCUCCAUGGUUGUGGUUGCUGCGUUGCGAUGGUGCUUCAGGCGCUUGUGGAAAAGAUUUGUGAUUAAGGUCGGUAUCUGAGUGUGUUAGCAACGGUGUACCAACAAACAUAUCGUCAAAAGUUGACGCAAGAGCGGGCAUGUCCAGAUGUCGCUUCGGCCUGCUACCCAAUGAAACUUCAAAUAUUUAUUGAAAGAGUAAGGCGAC